UAUAGUUGCGCUCUUCGGUCACAAGAGGCUUUUAGUCUUCGCACUGCAGUGGGUUGUUUCAUUUUUGAGUAUAGUUUUUAAAAAGGUCAAUAUGGUUAUAAGUAAAAUUAUAGUUCCGAUUUUUGUUUUUGGAUUAGUAAUGUUGACUUUUGGUAGUGGAGCUAAGAUGCGAAGGAAAAAUCCGGUAAAACCGGACUAUUUUCCUGUUUGUUACCGAAACGAUCCAGAGCUUAGCAAAUGCUUGCUGAACGCCUCAGACUAUGUAAGACCCUACUUAGCAAAGGGGAUACCCGAAUUGAGGCUGCCGACCUUCGAACCAUUUCAAAUUCCACAAAUCGAACUGGCACAAGGAACUAGCGCCCUAAACUUUAAGGCCGUGUUGCACGACGUCAUCGCUCACGGUUUGACCAGAUACAAGUUUCAUCGGUUCGAUUUCGACGUUUCCAAUUAUGAGUUCUUCUGCGAAGCGAAAAUUCCCGGUGUGGUACUUGAAGGGGACUAUUCGGUGUCUGGGAGGAUCCUUAUCGCACCCAUUGAAGGAAAGGGAAAGUUCAAAGCGGAAAUAGAUUCGUGUGACGUAUACGUAUACCAAAAAUACAAGGAGGCAGUUCUUCCCUCCGAUAAUAAAAUCCAUUUAGUUCCGACCCUCACAAACAGCAGCAUCCAGGUCCAGAAGCCGAGAAUUAGACUGGAGGGCCUAUUUAAUGGAAACCAGGAACUAAAUGAAGCAACUAACAAGGCGAUCAACGACAACGUGGACGAACUUUUCGCCGAACUAAAACCGGUAGUGGAAACGACUUUAAGUAAAAUAAUGGAGGACUUACUACUCAAGUCUAUCAUUAAUAAUAUCCCUUGGGACGAGCUGUAUCCAGUUAAUCCUAAGUUUUCUUAAUCUUUUUGUUUUAAAUAAAUAAAUAUUUUAAAGUUUAUCAAA